AUGGCUUCACCCGGCCCAAGUGGGGCCCAAUGUCAAGCAGAGGCUGGUCCUCUGCCCUUGAAACGGGGGGAAAUCGGGUUUCAAGAAGGAAUUCAUUUCCUUCCAGAGAUAUCGCAAGAUGACGUUACACCACCCCUUCCUGCUCGCCACCCCGCCGACCGGGGUAGUAGAUCCGGCUUUCCGAGCGUUCCCGAUGUCCCUCAGGCUCCUCCCACACUUUCGAGCACCAACACGCAUUCCGUACCCUCGUCUCCGUCAAUCACGAAACAGAGGGGCUUCCUCGCCCUUCUGAAUGGCCCCGCUUUUGGCGGACUUCGCCUCAUUACGCUCAUUGCCACCUUUGCUCAAUUCAUUUGUCUGGCAGGAACACUGGUGGGCUGGGUAUUUACCACAAAACACCUCUCAAACAUGCCAUCCAUUCCAGGAAGAAUACCCUCUUCUGUAUUCAUUCACAUCAUCUUCGGUCUUGCAAUCCUGGGGCAAAUGAUAUUCCUCGAACGUCGUAUUUUCACACUACGUGUUGAAAGAUACAGUUACCUUCAUGCAGGCGAGAUGUUGCCCAGUUACCAUAGUGGGGGACCAGGGUCUGCCAUAGCAUUCGCACCAUGGAAUCGACCUUCUCUACCUACUUAUGCUGCGGCAUUGGCUCAAAGUGGUGUUGGCACUGGGGAUGUCGAGGAUCAUCUCAUCGCUGCGCCUCCACCGCCUGCAUAUGGGCACACACGAGGAAGCACGUUGCUUUUGAGUGGGUUUCUUCGAGAGAGCUUGAGAGCUCAACGUCCUCGUUCUGAACAUAGUAAUGUCGGAGACCACGACGUGAGGGGGGAAGGAUGGGAAGAGCUGGAUGAUGCUGAGAGGACGCGACGGUUAGACGAAACUUUGGCCCAGUUGGAGCGGCCUGCGAGGCGGACGUCGUAGGCAGAUGUAUGUAACAUUUGCAUGUUCAACGUUAGGCGCCUGUUAGCUUACUUAGCGUCCGCAGCCAACGCCUUUUUUUCUCGGCUACGUGCUUGGCAGAUAACAACAUAUGUCAUGG